UACAACCAUAAAACGUUCAAAGUUCCGGAUCCACAAUAACCCCCAAAUUCACAUACUCGCAGCUCAAACCCUAGAAAUCACCCAGCAAGAUCCAAAAUCUCUCCUGCAUAUUCAAAUCUAUACUUCACCAAUUUGCACCAGCACCCAAAAUUCAACCUUAUUAUGGCAUCGAAGAAGAAAGAAUCUGAAGGCAUCGCCUUACUCUCCAUGUACGGCGACGAAGAAGAUGACGAUAUGGAAGAAGAUGACAUAGACAACGAUAACACCGGUAACGAUGUCGUUUUGGAGGAGAACAAGGAGCAGGGUGAAGUUGUUGCGAAUAUGGAAGAAUAUGAUGAUGAAUUAGAGGCCGUUAAUGUUAAUGAUAAUGAUAAUACGACGUCGGUUUCUCCAGCUCAGCAAGUUGUUAGGAGGAAGGGAGGUUUAACGAUUGUUGAUUAUGGGCAUGAUGAAGCAGCAAUGUCGCCUGAACCAGAGGAAGGGGAAAUAGCAGCAGCAGGUCGAGUAAUGUUCGGUGCAGAGCUUCAAACUGCAAAUGGAACACCACAAGGAACUACACCACCAAACACACAAUCAACUCCACCUCAAUCAUCCGAUCAAUCACAAUCCGACGCAUUGUUAAACUCCAACCGAAACGAAACAGAACGCUCAGAGCCCGAAGAAUCCGUCAACGUUACUACAGAAGACGACCGCAGUGCAUUGGACAAGUUUCUCCCGCCACCUCCAACGACAAAGUGCUCGGACGAACUGCAAGAAAAGAUUACGAAGUUCAUUCUGCUGAAGAAGAAAACUGGGAGAAGCUUUAAUUCAGAAGUGCGCAAUAGGAAAGAAUACCGCAACCCGGAUUUUUUGUUACAUGCUGUCACGUAUCAGGAUAUUGAUCAGAUUGGAUCUUGCUUCAGUAAAGAUGUUUUUGAUCCGCAUGGUUAUGAUAAGGCUGAUUAUUACGAUGAGAUAGAGGCUGAUAUCAAGAGGGAAGUAGAGAGAAAAGAGCAAGAGAAAAAGAAAAACCAGAAGAUCGAGUUUUUGUCGGGUGGAACACAGUCUGUAGUAGCUAUUCCGACACCAAAAGUCAUGCCGGUUCAAGCUGUGCCACCGCUAGCUGGCGGUGGUUCAAAUCGUGUUUCAGCAACGGGGACUCGAGAGGGAAGACUGAAUAAGAAAUCUAAGUGGGAUAAGGUCGACGAGGACCGAAGGCAUCCCAGCGGACAGGACCCUAUAUCAGGUGCCGGGUCAGCAUUCUUAUCUGCUGGCACCGGGUACACAGCCUUCGCGCAACAGAGGCGAAGAGAGGAGGAAAGAAGGUCAACUGACAGGAAGUAGCGAAAUGAUCGAUCGUAUUGCUUUAAUGCUUUGCAAGUAAGAAACCGAAGCGGGUCGGGUUGGAUUGGGUUUUCUUUCCUCUAGAUAGGGAGGGGGGUUGCCAUGUUUUGUACUUGUCGAAUGAUAUCCGAGCCUAGCGUGUAAUUUUCUUAUAUGUGCAACUAUGUUACGAGGCGCUUAAGUGUUGCAUCUUGGUUAUUUGAUACAUGUUUUAUGACCAAAUUAAUAUGUUACAUACUUACAUCCUUGUAGUUUAUAAUCA